CAAACCGACACACACCCAUUGUUGGCGCUCUAGUCGAGGUUUUCUGUGAUUUCUUGAUUGAUUUUCUUAUUACUGGAUUCAUCUAUUAGGUUAUUUGUUUAGCAAAGAGUGUUGAUCAAAGGAACUUGAGACAAAGUAAGAAACCACUGCCAGACGAUGUUUCUGGCUGGCUGUCAGAGAGAAAACAUACAAUCCGUCGGCACGCGAUCGACUUUGACCUGACUGAUCUUAUCGAGUAGAGAACUAACCUUCAAAAUGGUCACGUAAUCAGUAUCAGGAUUUGCAACAGUAAUCUUCCAUUUUAACUUUAUUUGAAUAAAGAUAUCAAAACCAGACGACACAACAAAAAAAUCACCCAAACGAUGUGCAGAAAGAGACGAAUAUUUUACCAGCAGAUAGCAUCGAAUAUGCAGUCAAUAAAGUCACAGACAUGAGUUUAGGCAUAGAUACUGCUCAAGACAAUGGAGACAAGCGAAAUGAAAUAUGUGCAUGUUUGCAGCUUUCCAGUGUAAAUUACUUACUACAUAAACAUACUGAAGAUACUGUUUAUGGCAAGAGAUGCCUCKAAAUAGCUAAGGAAACUCGUGAUAUCAGAGUAGAAUCACAGGCUAACACGAUACUCAUAAAUGCCUAUCAAGGUCUACAGCAAUAUAAGGAUGUCAUUAGGUAUGGCAAGAGAGGUCUACAAAUAGCCAGGCAAACUGGGAACACACAAACUGAAAUGCAGAUAUGCGCUAUACUUGGCAAUGCCUAUCAAUUGCUAGGCCUAAAUAAUGAUGUCUUUGCGUAUGGAAAAAGAUGUCUAGAGAUAGCUGAGGAAACCGGGGACAAACGCAAUGAAAUUAUUGCCUUGGUCGAACUUGCUAAUGCACAUAAUUCAUUGAAACAAUAUGACAAUGCUAUUGUGUAUUGUGAGAGGAUUCAAGGGAUAGCAAAGGAAACUCGUUAUAAGAGCAGUCAGAACAGUGAUAAUAAUGUCGAUAAAGUCYAACAAAUGAUAUCCUACAGAUCAAAAGUAGCUAUAUCCAUAUUUACGGGAGAUCCAUCUGCAGCUGUUAGUAAUGGUCUAAAAUAUUUUGAGUUAGCUGAGAAACUUAGUGACAGAGAUAGUCAAUGGGAAGCAUGUUUCGGACUAUCACUUGCAUACUUAUCAUUAAACCAACACGAUAGAGCUAUUGUGUAUGGCAAGAGAUGUCUGGAAAUAGCCGAGGAAACUGGUGAUAAGCUUMAAGAAAUGUAUACUUGUUCAGAGCUUUCCAAAGCGAAUUACUUUUUACAGAAUUAUAAUGAUGCUAUUGUAUUUGGUAAGAGAUUCCUUGAGAUAGCUAAGGAAAUAGGUGACAUUGAGAUGGAAUUUACGGCUUGUGCUAUCAUAGUUAGUGCUUGCCAAAAUCUCAAUCAGUAUGAGAAUAUUAUUUUGUAUGGCAAGAGGUUUCUACAGAUAACUAAAAUAAUCUAUAAGAAACAGAGUGAAAUGUGGAUGUGCUGUCUACUUUCCAAUGCGUAUCAAUCACUAAAACAAUAUAGUGCUGCUAUUGACUAUGGCAAAACAUGCCUGGAGUUAGCAGAGAAAGCCGGUGAUAAAGAGAGAGAGACUACUGCCUUGUUCGUACUUGCAACAGCAUAUAACUCACUAGAACAAUUUGAUGAUGCUAUUGAAUAUAGCAAGAGAUGUGUAGAGAUAGCACAUCAAAUUCAUCGUACUAAGGAUAAAAUGGGUGGCCUUCUGUUACUUGCCUAUGCAUAUCGUUGCAACAAGCAAUUUAGUGAUGCUAUUGCGCAAGGCAAGAAAUGUCUAAAAAUGGCUGAGCAAACAAAUGACAAAGGUCAAUAUCAAAUGCAGGCUUUAUUAGGACUGGUACAAACGCACAAUUCACUAAACCAAUACGAUGAUGCUAUUGAGUACAGCAAGAUAUAUGUAAAGAUAGCAGAGCAAAAUAAUCAAACAAACAAUGAAAUGGAUGGUUUUCUAUUACUUGCCAAUGCAUGCCUUCACAACAAUCAAUACGAUGAUGCUAUUGUGUAUGGUAAGAGAUGUCUAGAAAUAGCAAAGGAAACUGGUGAUAAAGACAAAGAAAUCGUUUCUUAUGAGAUACUUUCUGUUGCUAAUAGUAAUGCUGAAUUGAGUGAURAUGCUUUAUCUUACGGCAAAAAAUGGCUGGAAAAUGUCAACGAAACACGGAAAGAAAUCACGGAAUUAAACGUUUGUUGCGUACUUGCAGAAGGAUCUAUCAGAAAUGGACGACAUGACGAUUCUAUUGUUUACAACAUGAGAUUCCUUGAUAUUGCUAAGGAAAUCGGCAACCAAGACUUAAAGGUGGAGGGUUCUCUUAAAYUUUUUGAUGUCUACAAUGCACUUGAACAACACGAUCUUGCCUUUUCUUACUUUGAAUCGGCCAUGGAUUCAAGUACUACAACAAAAUUGCUGUUAAGAUGCGAAAAUCGUUUCAUUCUCUUUUUCACCAAAUUUAUCGGUGCAGUAGCAUUAACAAACAUGACUGACGACGAAAAAAUGCUCAACCUUUCUGAUGCAGAAAGAUUGGUAGCUCUACGAAAGAUGUCCAUCAUUUAUAUAAAAUUGGGACAAUAUGAAUUAAGCAUCAAAUGUCUACAACUAAUUAUUGAAAUUAAUAUUGGUAUUCCGCAGGUCAUGAAAAAUGCAUUUUGCUUUUUCAAAAUUGGGCAGUGUCAUGAACUACAAAGUAAUUACCAGGAAGCAAUUCAAGCAUAUCAACUUGCAUUCUCCUAUGCAAAUAAAUCAGGCAGUAUAUAUACUUCGUUCAUUUCCUUGUACUCUCAAGGUGAUUUGUACUUCAAAAGCAAUGAUAUCGACAAUGCAAUAAGUGUUCUUAAGGAAGGUCUUGUCAAUGCAAAUAUCAUUGUAGACUAUUAUUCAAGUCCCUUGAUUAUUCAUUCAAGCUUACCUAAGCUUUACCCAUCUGAGGAAGACAAAAUCUUUCUAUUCCAUGAUCUAAGUCGAUGUCAUAAAUUGCUUGCCAAAGCAUUAAUAAUGAAGGGUAAAGUUGAAGAUGCUCUGCUGCAAUUAGAGAAUUGUCGUGGUAGAUUACUCUUGGAACAACUUCUUAGAAAGUAUGACAUGACACGUGAUGUCGAGUGUCAAAGAGACCGCCUGACGUUCACCGAGAUUCAUUCAUUUGUGUCAAACUACAACUGCAGUAUUCUAUUCUACUUCGUUGGUGAAGACAGCCUCCAUAGAUUUCUCAUUGAAGGCGAUAAAGAUUUAAAAGUUCAUUCGCAAACAAUAAAAAACUGUGACAAAGUCAUUCAUUCUCACAUCAAUAAAUUCUUGUCAGAGAUGAGAAUUCAAAAUGUCCGAAAUUGUGAAAACAGAUCUCUUGACCAUUUACUAGAGGCAUCAAGAGGAGAGAGGGCGGGUCCUCCGUCUGAGGGUGACGAUGAAAGCAGCAUGGAAAGUGAAUCACAAGCAUUAUUUCACAUACUGUUCAGAGGACUUUCAAUGGAUGAACUGGAAAACAACUUAGUCAUCAUACCAGAUGGCCCACUAUUCAGAGUACCAUUUGCUGCCUUGCAAAAUCCGGACCCCGAAAAAAAUGGAAGCCGCUUGUUCGAAACGAAAUAUAUUCGCAUCCUUCCUUCAAUUCAAACAUUAAUACUUUUGGACAAAGAAAAAACAACUCAGCAAGACUACGACGAUAGUCUAAUCAUCGGAAAUCCUGAAGUAGGGACGGUGAUACUCAGUGGUGUAGAAGAGAAAGUGGAACCACUACCAAAUGCUGAGAAAGAAGCGGAAGAAAUUGCUCAAGUUCUCGGCGUUAAAGCCCUGAAAGGACGCUAUGCAAACAAACCAGCCGUGUUGAGAAAACUACGACAAUCAAAUCCAAUGGUUAUUCACAUAGCUGCACAUGGUUUCGUAGAGAAAUCUACAAUCGCACUGGCGCCGUCAUAUGAUGCUUACAAAAUGAGAAAAGUUCCAAUAGAAACCGACUAURUGUUGACGAUGAAGGAGGUUCAGAGGGCUAAUGCUCAUACAAAGUUAGCUGUGCUGGGAUGCUGUCAUAGUGGAUGCGGUGAAACCCCAGUUGAAGGAGUCAUUGGCAUGUGUCGUGCGUUCUUAGCAUCUGGUGCACGCGCAGUGGUGUCUACUUUAUGGGCCAUCGACGAUGGAGCCACACUAGAGUUCAUGAAAAUAUUCUACAGAAACUUAAAGGACGGGAAAAGUGCUGGAACAAGUUUGAGGCUCACUAUGACAGAAAUGAAAACUUCUAGUAAUCAAUACAAAGAUCCCAAAUAUUGGGCGCCAUUCUUCCUAAUGGGUGAAGAUGUAACAGUCGACAUACCUUAUGAACCUCUUUAA